CGGUCUGGCCGGGCGGGAUGAGCGGGCCCGGGGCAGCUGGCUCGGUGCGCGGGCUGCGGGUGGACGGGCUGCCCCCGCUACCCAAGAGCCUGAGCGGGCUGCUGCACUCGGCAUCGGGCGGCGGCGCGUCGGGGGGCUGGAGGCACCUGGAGCGGCUGUACGCGCAGAAGUCGCGCAUCCAGGACGAGCUGAGCCGCGGGGGCGCUGGCGGCGGCGGGGCGCGGGCCGCGGCGCUGCCCGCCAAGCCUCCCAAUCUGGACGCCGCGCUGGCCCUGCUGCGCAAGGAGAUGGUUGGCCUCCGACAGCUGGACAUGUCCUUGCUCUGCCAGCUGUACAGCCUCUACGAGUCCAUCCAGGAAUACAAGGGAGCGUGCCAGGCAGCGUCCAUCCCAGACUGCACUUACGCUCUGGAGAACGGCUUCUUCGACGACGAGGAGGGGUAUUUCCAGGAGCAGAGCCCCCUGCACGACAGGAGGGAGCGAAGCCCCCCGGGGGACCCCUCACCGCCCGUCUCCCCGCUCUGCAGCGCCGACUGGAUCCUGGAGUCCAUCUAAAGGACCCAGGAGGGAGGCGACGGU